GAUACGAUAUGAAGUCUUGUUUUAUGAAAAAUCUAUCCAAAUUAAGUACAUUUAUUCUUAAAACAAAAAAAAAUCUAUCUGUCUAAUAAUCUGGUUUUGCCUUUGAAUUAAGUUUAUUUGUCUUGCGUUACUGAAAGACAUUUUUACUAGUAAUUUUAAAACAAGACUUAGCAUCAUAAGUCAUUUUAAGCAAAUGUCUCUUCAUUUAAAAAAUAUUUAGAUAUUGGUACUGAAACAAGACAACAAUACCAAUUUUUGCAGUGGUUCUAGAUUAAUCGUACUGUAUCACACCAUUAAAGGGCCCCAGUUUAAGUUUAUAGUGGCAUUUUGAAUAUUAAGAUCCAUUCAGAUGUCUGCUUUUUAUCAUGUCAGCUGCAUGCAUUUGAUUCGAACAUGUUUUUAAAUAUUUAGCCUUAGUGCAUUUUGUCGGCAUUGGCUGAAGUUUCUCAUUUUAAGUGAAGUCAAGAGUGAAGGUCUAAAGUGUUUGUCAUUAUUAUUUAUACAUGUGUUUUUAACGGCUUUUUUAAUUAAAUGUUAUUAAUGCAGGUUGUUGUAUGACACAAUCGAACACCAUGUAAAUGCACAACUGGCUUUGGUGCAUUUUGAAUGAGAUGUUUUCCAAAAAAUGGGCAGUGUUGAAAUGUGCGGUGGGGGGGUGGAUCUGUGAAUGGAAGGGAAUGCAAAUAAACACAUUUCUGGUUGUGAUUAGAUGAUGAUAUCUGUUCAGUACGUGAGCUGCACCAGAGGCUCAACUGCUCAUCUGUCAGCGCUCUCAUAAUGAAGGGUUCCAGUAAAAACGCUUUGCUUGAUUAUUGCGUCAUUCCAGUGGAAAACCCCCAAAAAAUUUAAUUAGUAUUUGACGCAACUACAUCCACCAAUUGUUACAUUCACAAAGGCUGGUUUUCAUUAUAAAAAUACCAUACUGUUAACUGGGGUCAUUGCCAUGAAACAAAGGAACUAAAAUGAAGACUGCGUAAAUACUGAUUAAUAUUUGAUAAACUAUUAUGAAUUUGCUUACACAAUAUUAUGCAAAGAUGAAUAUGUUUUUUUCUGUUUUAUUCACGAUAAAACUAUUUAAUGUCAACUCUAUGUAUGAAGAGUAUUUAAAUGGCAUUGCAUAAGCAAAUGUCAAGCAAACAAAUGCUGCAGGAUCUUCGAUGCCUCACAUUUAUUCAGCAAAAUGUAAUAAAACUUUAAAACUGGUUAAAAAAAUACAACAUUUGUAACAUGCAAUAUAUCCCCACCCCUGUAGUUGAUUAUUACAUUUAAUAUGAACACUGAAGAUUUCGCUACAACACUUUUAUUUUGAAAAAAUGUGCUGGUGCUGGAUGUCGCCGUCUGAUCACUAGAUGGCGCGGUUUCCAAUUCGAGGAUCCUCGAGCUUAGAAGGAUUUAAAGCAGUUCCUGUGACGUUGCCGCGCUGCUAUGGUGACCAGAGAAGCUCCGAGGAUUUGAAGAGCAGAUUAAGGCGCGAAUAAGUGUUCUAAAACAUUCAUAUAAGUAAAUAUCGACAAUUCAGAAUUCCAUUCUAUUAAGAAACGUUUUAUUUUGUUGCAAGCUGUUUUAUAACAGCAGCUAUGGAUAGGUGAAGCUGCUGUAUUCUGGAUGAAAUGCACAGAGAAGAUUGAACACAGUUAUUAAUGGAGCGUCUUAGAUCUGUUUCACCUCUCCUGCAUUUGGAUUUAAAUAAUUUCAGCUCCCCUGAAGCUGAAGACAGCAGAUAUGUUCUGACAAGCCCACGUUCACUUGAAUCCUGUGCAAGAUUGGGAGUGAAACCUGUUGAUCUGUUGCUCAGACCCCUCACAGACUUCAUUGAUGAAAGCCAGGAGUCCUCUCUGGAGGAGGUGACUGCGGUCUAUGAGGAGUACGAGAAAGGAAGAAGAGAACGACUGCGCUUGUGUAGAGAGGAGCGAGAGCGGAUCAUACAAGAGGGCUGGAAUAGAAAGUCAUCUGUAAAACCGUUCACCGUCCCAGAGCAAAAAGCUGAGAGUCGAAGCACCGAUUCCAAAGCCAAAUGUCCAGCUAAGACACGGUUCACAGAUGACCGUGUUCAUUCAGUGUCUGCAAUUUCCAUUCCAGAUGGAUUCCUGACCACAUGCGGUCAGAAGUUCCCCUACAGUUUCAGUCUGGCCGAACUCAGACGAUCUCCUGCGACAGAGCGUCGGGUGAAGGGCCUCUUGCAGGAGAUCAGUCGCAAACUAAGCAUCGCCGUCCCAGAAAAAGACCGCAAGAUUGUUGCAUUAAUGCUGGCUAGGCACGAAGAGGAGCAGUUUCGCUUACGCCAGAGCAUGUUUGAGGAGCAACAUCACGAGGAGGAGCAGAGGCGCGAGGAGGAGCGGCAAGCUCACAUGGAGCAAGAGCGACGGAAAAAACUUCUGCGACAUAUUCGCCGCUGGCAGGAGGACUUGGAGGAGCGGAAGAGGCGGCGAGAGGAAGAGGAGGCGAUGCUUGCGGAGCAGCGUGAGCGGGAGACGCUCUGGCAGGAGGAGCGCUGGAGGAGGCACGCCGAGGAGCAACAAGCUCGACGAAGGUUCAAGCUUGAUGUGGCGAGCAGGGAUGCAAAAGAGCGCAAACGCUACCAGGAGAGGCUCCUGCGGGAGAAGGAGCGCGUGGAGGAGGCGCAGCGAGAGAAGGAGCUGCAGGCGGCACGGGAAAAAGAACAACAUGCAAUGAGGAGCAAGCGAAUGCAGGGAAAGACAGAAAGGAGGAGACUCAAGCAAGAGAACCAGAGGGAGCUACUCAAGCACCUCCUCUUAAAAAAGGAGCUCGAGGAGCAGGAGCGUGCAGAGAAGGAGCUCAAGCGAAAAGGACUGGAGCGGAAGCUGCAGCUCUCCAAGGAGAACCAUGCGCUGCUUCUAGAGGCGCGGGUGCAGGAAAUGCGAUCACGUGCCGCGAAGGAGGAGGAGCAGAUGCGGAUGGCGCAGCAGCAGGCGAGGAGGGAGGACAGGGAUUGGUUGGAGCAGAAGCAUAAGUUGGUGCAACGUUGCCAGCUGCGGAUGGAGCGUGCCGUGCUGCAGGUGCAGGAGCAGCGGCGUCGCAGAGCUCAACUCCUCAGCCGAGAGAACCAGGAGAAGAAACUCAGCCAUCGCAGACUACGAGACCGAGUCCUGGAGGAGGAGAAAGCGCAACGGGAGGAGAGAUGCAAGAACGUGACACAGAAGGAACAGCGCAGCGAGAAGCUGCAGAGAGAGAGGGCAGAGGCCCAGGAGAGGAGCCGGAAGGUGGCUCACGCCUCCUGCUACAUGCGGGAGAGGGUGAGGGAGCAGACGUCCCGUCGCACCUUUGACCAGAUGGCACGAGAAGCCGAGCUGACCGCUCAACUGGGCCACCUGAAACUAUGAAUAGGGUAGAACUAAAAAAAUAAAUAAAGCUGAACAAAAGUCAGAGGAGUAUGAAACAACUUCAUAGCCACUUCUGAUUAUAAAUGCAGCUUCCAUCAGAAGUAUUAGACUACAGAAUGAGUGUUUACAGUGCUGAUAAAUGUAUUUAUCUAGACAAAGACAAUUAAUAAGCUGCACCAAAGCUCCAUGUGUAUUAUUUAUUGA